GUCAUGAGUGGGAAUCCGAGAAUCAGGAAGAUCUACAUUGGUUCUUGCCAGAAGCACACAUGACUUUAAAGACAGAGCAGCAGGAAAGGAAACAAGAAGGAGAAGAGAAAAGGUGGAAUCAGUUCUUUAUUUCUCAGUGCAGUGAUGGCCAUCAGAUCCCAGCUGAAGAAAUACAGACAAGUAAAGAAGCAAGUAUAUUCUGUCAGAGACCUUUCCACCCUACAUCAGCAUUUGAAACCCCUUACAAAAUCCACACGGGAGAGAUAACACACCCAUGCCUGGACUCUAGAAAAAGCUUUUAUCGUAAGACACAUCUGACUACUCAUCAAAUAACUCACACAGGGGAGAAACUGCAUGAAUGCUUGGAAUGUGGAAAAAGCUUCUCUCGGAAGAUAUAUCUCGAUGAUCACCAAAGAAUUCACACAGGAGACAAACCAUUUAGAUGUUUCGAGUGUGGAAAGAGCUUCACACAGAAGACAACUCUCUCUCUGCAUCAAAGAAUUCACACAGGAGAGAAACCAUUUAAAUGUUCAGAGUGUGGAAAGAGCUUUUGUCGGAAGGCAUACCUUACUGGUCAUCAAAGAACUCACACAGGGGAGAAACCAUUCAGAUGCUUGGAAUGUGGAAAGAGUUUCACGCAGAAGACAACUCUUUCUCUGCAUCAAAUAAUUCACACAGGAGAAAAACCAUUUAAAUGUUCAGAGUGUGGAAAGAGCUUUUGCCGUAAAGCAUACCUUACUAGUCAUCAGGGAAUUCACACAAGGGAGAAACUGCAUAAAUGCUUCGAGUGUGGAGAGAGUUUUCAUAAUGCAAUACAUCUCACUGCACAUCAGAGAAAACAUACAGGGCAGGAGCUAUUUAAAUGCUUGGAAUGUGGAAAGUGUUUCAGACAGAAUUUAACUCUCACUUACCAUCAAAUAAUUCACACAGGGGAGAAACCUUACACAAGCCUGGAGUGUGGAAAAAGCUUCUAUCGCAAGACACACCUUACUACUCAUCAAAGAAUUCAUACAGGGAGAAACCAUUUAUUUGCUUGGAGUGUGGAAAGAGCUUCACACAGAAGACAACUCUCACUCUGCAUCAAAGAAUUCACACAGGCGGGAAGCCAUUUAAAUGCCCAGAGUGCAGAAAGAGCUUUUGUCGGAAGGCAUAUCUUAAAAAUCAUCAGGGACUUCACACAGGGGAGAAACCAUUUAGAUGCUUUGAGUGUGGAAAAAGCUUCACACAGAAGAGAACUCUCACUUUGCAUCAAAUAAUUCACACAGGGGAGAAACCAUUUAAGUGCUUGGAAUGUGGAAAGAGCUUUUGUCAUAAGACAUACUUUACUAGUCAUCAAGGAAUUCACAUAGGGGAGAAACCAUACACAUGCUUAGAGUGCGGAAAGAGCUUCUAUCACAAGACACACCUUACUACUCAUCAAGGAAUUCAUACAGGGGAGAAACGGCACCAAUGCUUGGAGUGUGGAAAGAACUUCACAGAUAAAAGAAGUCUCUCUAUUCAUCAAAGAAUUAACACAGGAGAGAAGCCAUUUAGAUGCUUGGAAUGUGGAAGGUGCUUCACACAGAAAGCAAGUCUCACUUCACACCAAAGAAUUCACACAGGGGAGAAGCCAUACACAUGCCUUGAGUGCGGAAAGAGCUUUGGUCAGAAGACAGGUCUUACUACUCAUCAAAGGAUUCAUACAGGUGAGAAACCAUAUCAGUGCUUUGAUUGUGGAAAAUGGUUCUGUUGGAAGACAGAUCUCACUAUUCAUCGAAGAAUUCACACAGGGGAGGAACCAUUUAAAUGCUUGGAGUGUGGAAAGAACUUCUCUCGGAAGAUACAUCUUACUAACCACCAAAGAAUUCACACAGGGGAGAAACCAUUUAAAUGCUUGGAAUGUGGGAAGAGUUUUUGUCGGAAGGCAUACCUUACUAGUCAUCAGAGAAUUCACACAGGGGAGAAACCAUUUAAAUGUUUGGAAUGUGGGAAGAGUUUUUGUUGGAAGGCAUACCUUACUAGUCAUCAGAGAAUUCACACAGGGGAGAAACCCUUUAAAUGCUUGGAAUGUGGAAAGAGCUUCACGCAGAAGACAACACUCACUCUGCAUCAAGUAAUUCACACAGGGGAGAAACCAUUUAAAUGCUUGGAAUGUGGGAAGAGUUUUUGUCGGAAGGCAUACCUUACUAGUCAUCAGAGAAUUCACACAGGGGAGAAACCAUUUAAAUGCUCCGAAUGUGGAAAGAGCUUUUGUCAGAAGGCACACCUUACGAGUCAUCAAGGAAUUCACAUGGGAGAAACCAUCUAA